CAUCUUUCAUCCUUCCAGCACGGAAUCCCCCGCGCCCCAGCCCAUCCUCGAGACCGCUUGACUACGACCGAUCACUUUCUCGCAUCAAAAUCACAUUUAACAUCCAUCCCUCCAGACAACAAGAAUCCCAGUUGAACUUUCUUUCUAUCAUUUUACUGUAGGUUAAGAUUUUGGUAGAGACUGAUUGCUACUAUAAAUAUGAAGUCUUGAGCAAGGAAGAUUGCAUCCCAGAACAGCUUUGCUUUAUCUACCAUAAUAUCAGCACCAGCAGCAGACUGGUAGUACUAGUAGUUGUUAAUAUAGAGGCACAAAAAUGGCCGAGUAUAAAAGAGAAGCAGCUAAAGUUACAUCAAUCUUUGUAUACCCCAUCAAAUCUUGCCGUGGAAUUUCUGUUUUUCGGGCACCCCUUUCUUCCACUGGGUUUCGAUGGGAUCGACAGUGGUUGGUAGUGAAUUCCAAAGGCAGGGCUUAUACACAGAGAGUAGAACCAAAGCUUGCUUUAGUUGAAGUAGAACUGCCAAAUGAAGCAUUCUCUGAUUGUUGGGUUCCAAAUAACAGCUCAUACAUGGUGAUAAGAGCUCCUAGCAUGGAUCCACUGAAGGUUCCCUUAUCUAAACCCUCUGCAACAGCUGAUGGUGUCUCAGUCUGGGAGUGGUCUGGCUCUGCAUUUGAUGAGGGAGAUGGUGCAUCAAAAUGGUUCUCCAGAUAUCUUGGAAAGCCCAGUAGAUUAGUUCGUUUUAAUGAAGCGUCAGAAACAAGGAAUGUCGACCCUAACUAUGCUCCUGGAUACAAAGUCAUGUUUUCUGACCAGUAUCCCUUCCUCCUUGCAUCCCAGGGAUCAUUAGAAGCCUUGAAUAAACUUCUCAAGGAACCAAUACCAAUUAAUCGUUUUAGGCCCAAUAUUCUUGUUGAUGGAUGUGAACCAUUUGCUGAGGACUUGUGGAAGGAGAUCAGGAUCCAGAAGUUAACAUUCAAUGGUGUCAAAUUAUGCUCUCGCUGUAAGGUACCCACAAUUAAUCAAGAAACUGCAAUGGCAAACUCCGAGCCAACCGAGACUAUGAAGAAGUUCCGUUCAGAUAAAGUACUGCGCCCAAGCAAGAAACCGCAGGGCACCAAGGUGUAUUUUGGACAGAACAUGGUAUGCUCCGACUCUCAAAUUCCAGGAAAGGGAAAGAUGAUAACGGUGGGAAAUCCUGUCUAUGUCCUCAAGGCGUUCUCUUCUGCAGCUGAUGCUGCAGCUUGAAUGCUCUUGUAGUCUUCCCAUUUGCCAGUAAUCUGUUUUAUGGGAAACAAAAGAACCAAAUAAACAAGUUGUCACAGGGUAUUUUCUUCGCCUUUGUGAAUCAUUUCCCCCGUUGCCCGAUGCAUUUCCUCUACUGCAUGCCAUGGCAUGGUUUGCUCGGCAACCGGUUCAGAAUUACAGAGGGAAUUGUAUGCAAACAAAUAAAAAUCCCGUGUUCUUGCCUUAAGCAAAGAUAUUUUAUUAUUAUA